UGUGCAUCGAACGGGAGCCCCAGUCAUAGCUCAGACCUCGUUGACUGAACCCGUUUCGCGACAUUUGCAUAAAUUUGAAUUUAUGUCUCUUAACUAUCACUUCAAGAUGAAGUUAGUGUUCUUCUUCAUCCUCACCGUUGGCUGCUUGGCGGCAGGUACAGACUCAGCAGAAAAACCAACAGGCCAAGAAACAUCAACAUCGAAGAAGAAAUUAAAGCCUUACAUGGAAGUGCGAGAUGAUUGUUAUGGCGAAAACCCAAAAGAAAAGUAUGCCCACCCUCAAGACGUCCUGAAGAACGUGGAAACCACGAACCUAAAAGCACAAACCCAGCUCAGGUCGCAUGUAGAAGUGAUAGGAAAAGUAGCUGAGACUCUCCCUGAAACCACCACCCCCAAAGGAACUACCCCCAACGAUGGUAAGGCAGACAAGGCCUCCAAGACCACCGAGACCCCUGAUAACUUGGCGACUGCUUCUACAGCCAAGGUGGAUGAAAAGAUCAAUAGCCAUUCGAAGACCACCACUGAACAGCCCACAAAACCAUCUUACCCAUUCCGUACUCAGCCGAAGGUGGUCAAUGGACUGGUGGCCGGCGAGGAAGACCCACAACAGCUCAGCUAUGUUGACCAUAGCUUCUACAAAAGCGCACUGGUAUACAACAAGACCUACUUCAACGAGCACUGGACGAAUGUCACCAACGGCACUAACCGGGUCAUCGUACGCCCAUCCCUGAAAAAUAUGGCCACCCCUCACGCCUAUCGCGACUUUUCAUUUGAGAUGAGGAUGCCGUUCGAUUUUCCGUUCUAUGGGCAUUACCUCAAGAACAUCACCAUCUGUACUGGAGGAUACGUGUUCACUGGACCCAGCAACCACCGUUGGUAUGCUCAGCAGCAGAACAUCUCGCCGCUGAUGGCCAACUUCGACCUGACCCUCGACGAGACCAGCGGCAUCGUACUGUUUGAAGAAGCCGACAAAGUGACCAUCGUCUGGGAGAACAUGAAGCUGCGCGAGCGCCGCAACCUGAAGUUCACCUUCGCCGUGACCAUCUACAAGAACGGCGACAUCUACUUCGCCUACAAGGAGGUCCCGAUGAAGAUCCAGUCCAUUGGCGACCGCGCUUCCGUGUUCAUUGGCUUGGCCGAUUCGUACUUCAUGAACAAGGUCGCUUUCUACGUCAACCGCCGCACCCUUCACAACUACAGCCGCAUCCCGUUCUACGGCUACAACAUCACCAGCGGCUCCGUGCUCCAGCUGAUUGCCCAACCUUCGUGCCCCAUGUACAACACCUGCGAGGCUUGCGUGGCCCACGAGGAAAAGUACGACUCCUUCAAGUGCAUCUGGUGCGAGUCUCUGCAUAAGUGCACCAGCGGCGCUGACUUCUUCCGACCCUAUGUUGCCGAUUGCGACUUCGACAACAAGUGCUCCAACAACACCGAGGAUAACGACACCCUGCCGCGUCUCAGCUUUUUCCACCGUAUCUUCAACUACGCCAUGUAAACGCCACGUUGAGGACCUCCCAUUGGCAGCAAUAGAGGCAGCUAUAUUAUGCACUCGACUUGCACCGGUAGCGUCGCUAAUGGGACACAUACAUAUCUAUUUUAUUCUCUAUUCGUCCGUCGGCUAUAGACCAAAUGACGCCGAUGGCUUUGUGUCUCCCUCACUAAUAUUAAGAUCCUCCUACUAACCACGCUUAGUACAUUUUAAAAUCACAUACUAUGCAUUUAACACCCUGACAAGCGUGGUUAGCCAAAACCGACCAACUAGUCGUUCUCCUUUAGAUAUAAGCUGUUCUUACAUAGUGUAGUCUCAAUGUACUGAAUAGUAGUGCUCCACGCACGAAAGCGAGUUUGAAAAUGAACCUGGACUUUUGAAAUUUCAGCAGACCUUGAAAUGACUCUAGCUACUCCGUACAGUGAGAUCUCGUUGUGUUUGCAUUAAUCA